CGUUAAAGAUGGCCGCCCGCGCCGCAGUCUCCCGUCUAAAUCGGGGUAGUUUUGGUGGUUUUCUCUCGAUGUUCGGCUUUAUGCCCCUCCGUGACUGGACAUGUGUGUUGGCAGUGGUGUGCGGGCUGUUGAGCGCUGCUCUGGGGGACGAGGAGCUCUUCCAGGAGGAGUUUUUAAAGCGGGAAUACUCUCUGGUGAAGCCGUACCGAGGUCUGGGCUUCUCUGCUUCUUCGCACUGGGACCUGAUGGGCACGGCCAUGGUGACGGGGGACUACGUGAGGCUGACCCCAGACAUGCAGAGCAGACAGGGAGCCGUGUGGAGUCGAGUGCCGUUAUUUGUGCAAGACUGGGAGCUCAAGUUGCAUUUUAAAAUCCACGGCCAGGGAAAGAAGAAUUUUAACGGGGACGGAAUGGCCUUCUGGUUAACUAAAGAGCGCAUGCAGAACGGCCCUGCGUUUGGAAACAUCAACAAGUUCACUGGCCUCGGGAUAUUUGUGGACACGUAUCCCAACGCUGACAAGACCCACGAUAGGACUUUCCCUUACGUGUCGGUAAUGCUGGGAAAUGGCAGCGUGGAGUACGACCACGAGCGCGACGGGCGGCCCAGCGAGCUCGGGGGAUGCUCGGCUAUGGUGCGCAACGCCGUCUACGACACGUUCAUCCUCGUCAGAUACGAGAAAAACCGACUGACGCUGAUGGUGGACGUGGACGGGAAGCAGGAGUGGAAGGAGUGUGUGGACAUCUCCGGCCUGUAUCUGCCCAGAGGUUACUUCUUUGGCGUGACUUCAGCCACCGGAGACCUGUCAGACAACCACGACCUCGUGUCCCUGAAGCUGUACCAGCUGGAGGUGCAGAGGACUCCGCAGGAGGAGGAGGAGGACAACGUCCGAGUCCCCAGAGUGGACAUGACACAGUUUCAAGUGAAAGUUGAGGAUGAGGGGGGGCGGAGCAUCAUCCACCUCUUCUUCCUCUUCAUCUUCUCGGUGCUGGGCCUGGUCGUGCUGGUCGUGGUGGCGAUCGUGCUCUACGGCCGCUACAAGGAAAAUAAACGCAAGCGCUUCUACUGACGGGAGAGCGUACGGAGGUUCCUCACAUCGGGACAGUGCACGGACUUCUCAUGGCUUUACAAACGAACCGAUCAAACGACAUCAUGGACGAGAUGAUGAACAAAAGAGCCAGAUUUAAAGGUACAGUAUGUGAGAAUCUUUACUUUAGAAUCAACUAGAAAACAGUCCUGGGACGAAGGAGUGUAAACACAACAGAUGCUGAAUCUUUUUAUUAAUGUCAUUAAACUGAAGUUAAUACAGUCGCUCACUGCUGCCACCUAAUGCACAGAUGUGGCACUCGGGGAAUUUUACUUACUGCACCUUUAAAAUGUUUUGGGUUCUGAAUGAGAAAUGAAAAAAAUGCUGCUGAAGGAAAGAUUCAUCUCAAGCAGACGGGGGGGUCGCGGCGUUCCUCUCUGCACUGAAACGCUCUCAACACCACGAGAGGAUAGAAUGAAACGACUCCCAGUCGAUGCUGACGUCUUGUUACUGGGCUGGCGGGGGGGUUCUGCAGACUGAAGCCACGUGCGCAGAGGGAAUUCAAGUGUUAAUGCACUGAAAGAGCAAUAAUAACCACGUGUCUCACGGACACAGCUCCCAUUUAAAAAAAAAAUCAGUAUGCGCAUGUAAAUUCUUGAUCUGAAAACUUCAGAAAUCAGCAGGAGCGAUGUGAGCAAAGCAGGAAAUUCAAGAAGUGAUUCUGUUACUUCGAAUGUGUGACAUGAAAUUAUCUCAUU